AUGGCAUCUCCGGAUGGCUUAGUUCUGGACUUUUCCAUCUAUGUUGGCAAGGGCACAGUGUCUGAUGAUGACAUGCGAGAGUUUGGACUUGGGGGAAGCGUCGUCAAGAAGCUUCUGGAAACACUAAGGAGGGACCGAGAGACUUUCGUGUUCACUGACAGGUAUUUUACGGGCCUGAAGAUAGCUGAGCACCUCAUUGAAAAAAAUGUUUUUAUGACCGGCACAGUGAUGGCCAACCGUACUCGUGGCAUUGCAGGGACAAUGCCGCCUGACCGGUCAAUGCAGCGCGGUGAGUCACACUGUAAAGUGCGAAGUGACGACAAAGUGUGCAUUGUGAAGUGGAAGGACAACAAAUCUGUCUUGGUCUUAUCCACUGCAUUCGGCACAGAGCCCGAAGGAAGUUGCGAGAGGUGGUCGAAAGAUGAAAAGAAGAAAAUAAAAGUGAAGCAACCCGAUGCAGUUGCAAGGUACAACAGGUACAUGGGCGGGGUUGAUUUAAUUGACAGGUUUGUCUCCUACUAUCGGAUCUCUUUGCGAACAAAGAAAUGGACUGUCCGCGUCUUUGCCCACUUCUUAGACUUGGCCUGUUGUAACGGCUGGAUAGAGUACAAGAGAGACUGUGAACGAGCUGACGUUCCAAAACAGCAGAGACUAGAUCUUCUUGACUUCAAAAUGAACAUUGCAAUUUCACUCAUUCAAGCAGAAAUACGGGGAUCCAAGAGAGUGCGAGAGCAGGAAGAGGAGAGCAAUGAGGAAGAGACUACACACACUGGGCGGCAGAGGAGCAAAAUCAUUCCGCUUCCUCCAGAUGAUGUCAGAUACGACAUGACAGGACACUUCCCAGAGCAUCAAAGGCUUGGAUCACAUAUGAGGUGUAGGUAUCCAGGUUGCGCGGGCAAAUCAAGGGUGAAAUGUCUGAAGUGUGGUGUAUUUCUGUGCCUCCAGAACCGCAACUGUUUUGUUGCCUUUCACACGCACUGAGUCCCACAGGACCCAAUCGGGGACAGCCUAGUUUCACAACUUCCCUUCUUUGUUUGAAAGAACUAUUUUUUCCAGUGAUUUUUUGUGUGCUCAAGUGCCAAAUAAACAA